AUAAUAGGUGGACUCUAGAGAGGUAACACAGAAGAUAGAAUGCAGAUGCCAUCACCUGCUUCUGGAGGGAUUCAGAACAGCAGACUGGUACAAGAUGAGAUCCCCAUAUGGUACCACGGAGCCAUUUCUAGAGAAUCCGCUGAAAGUUUGCUCCAGAAGAAACCUGCAGGAUGUUUCCUAGUACGGAUAAGUGAAAGUCAUGUGGGCUACACUCUGUCCUACAGAGCCAGGGACUGCUCCCGCCAUUACAUGAUCAAGUGUUUGUCUGAUGGCAACCUGGUGAUCCCUGGAGAAAUGGAAAUCCACCCAACAUUAGUGGAACUAGUGAGCUUCCACCAGGAAACUCCCCUCCAUCCUCACAAAGAUCUGCUAACUCUGCCAUGUGGCCAGGAACCAGAAGCAUGA